UACAUCAUUUUAAAGCAUUAAAUUAUGUGAAAAGUAUUAUUUGUUGCCUAUAAUUUCAUAAAAUCAUCAAGUAUCAGUGGAAAGAAGUGAAAUAAGAAAGAAAUCAUUAAAAGAAUAUUUUGAUCAUUUGAUCUUUUGUGAAAUGUUUUGAGACAUUGUAAAUAACAAGAAAGUGAAUUCAUAAGGUGCAAUAACGCAAAGUGGAUAGUUUGCAGAUGCACUAAUAAAUCAUGAUAGUGUAAUUAAAUCUAUGAAGCCGGAUCAACCGGCACACCAAUCAAAGCAUUUGCAAUUAAUUUUUUUUGUUGAGCAAUGAGAAGUUUAGAGAACAUCGCAUUAAUAAUAUUUUUAAUAAAUUUAUUCAACUUUCAAGCAAAUGCUGGCCAACCGAUAACACUUCGCAAUGCACCAUCAACAUCAUCAACCCUUCUCAUUUUCACAACAUAUCACGACAUACGAUUAGCAAGUAUAUCGCGCAAUAAUGUCACUAGUCGUGUAUUGACGAAAGAUCUUAAUGAAGGCGCUGGCUUGGAUUAUUUCUACGAAAAGCAAUUAAUAUGUUGGACAGAUCAAGGUAUUGAAACAAUUCAAUGUAGUCGUAUGAAUGAAUCGUUUUAUAAAGAACCGCCAGCAUCAUCAUCGAUUGGCAUUGAAGAGUUUAAUGAUAACAUUGAUAAGUUGAGUAUAAUAAGAAAAGGAAUUGCAAAGCCGGAAGGGCUGGCAAUUGACUGGUACACGGAUAAGAUUUAUUGGGCUGACAGUGAAUUGAAUCGAAUUGAAGUCGCCACACUCAAUGGAAAACAUCAGAAACUUUUAUUUUGGACUGAUCUCGAUCAACCACGAGCCAUCGCGCUUGUUCCAUCUGAAAAGUUGAUAAUUUGGACAGAUUGGGGCGAAAGUCCGAAGAUUGAAAGAGCGUCAAUGGAUGGCGAUAAGUUUAGUCGAAUGAUUCUCGUAAAUGAUCGAAUCUUUUGGCCCAACGGUCUCACUGUUGAUAUCGAGAAUAAAUUAAUUUAUUGGGUUGAUGGAAAUCUUCACUUUCUCGAUGUGAUGAACCUCGAUGGAAGCAGUCGAAGCACGAUUUUGAGAGACUUGCAUUAUCCUUAUAGCAUCACUUACAUCAAUAAGAAGCUUUUUUGGAGUGAUUGGAAUGACGGCUCAAUCAAUUCUUAUGAUCUUGAAACCAGAGAACUUAAACAGAUCAUUGACGCGCCCGACGUUCCGAUAACUGUUCGUGCUUGGGAUAAAUCAUUACAGCAAGUCAACACUUUCAAUCCUUGUCGAUAUAACAAUGGAAAUUGUUCACAUUUAUGUUUAUUAUCGACCAACGCUCGUGGAUUUUCUUGCGCAUGUCCAACAGGCGUGAAACUUCUGACAGAUACGAAAUGUGCUGACGGACCGCAAAAUGUAAUUUUUCUUGUACAAAGAACACAAAUCAGUCGAAUAAGUUUAGAUUCUCCCGACUUUACCAGUUUUGAAUUGUCAUUGGGACGCGUUCGAUCAGCAAUUUCAGUUGAUUAUGAUCCAGUUGAAGAUUUUAUUUAUUGGUCAGAUGAAGAACUUCAUGCGAUUAAAAGAUCGCGACAAGAUGGAACGUCAAUUAUGGAAGUUGUAAAUACAGAAAUUAAGCAACCAGACGGAAUUGCUGUCGAUUGGAUAGCAAGGAACCUUUAUUGGGCUGAUUCCGGUUCAGAUAGAAUUGAAGUUUGUCGUUUAAACGGUGCUUAUCGUCGUGUUCUUAUCCACGACAGUCUCGAAGAACCACGAGAUGUUGCGGUUGCUCCAACACUCGGUUGGAUGUUUUGGUCAGAUUGGGGAAGGAAACCAAAGAUCGAGAGAGCUUCUCUAGAUGGAACGGAACGAGUCGUUCUCAUAUCUGAUGAUCUUGGCUGGCCAAAUGGCAUUUCACUUGACAUUGAGAUGAAGAAGAUUUAUUGGUGUGAUGCAAAGAUGGAUAAAAUUGAAGUCACCAAUAUGGAUGGAUCUGAUCGUCGAGUGAUUUUAAAUGAGAAUCUUCCGCAUGUCUUUGGCUUGAGUUUAUUCGAUAAUUACAUUUAUUGGACCGACUGGCAACGAAGAACCGUUGAGAGAGCUCAUAAGAUCACUGGCAAUGAUAGGAUUGUCGUCGUUGAUCAAUUCCCGGAUUUAAUGGGCUUGAAAGUUACGAAACUUCACGACAUCAAAGGUACCAACCCAUGUCUCAAUAAAAACGGCGGUUGUGCACAUCUUUGUCUUAAUCGUCCCAACGACUACGUUUGUCGAUGUUCGAUCGAUUAUGAGUUGGCAAAAGAUCGAAAAAGUUGCAACAUUCCAUCAGCAUUUUUGAUCUUUUCAAAAGGUGAAAACAUCGGACGAUUAAGUAUUGAAUAUAACGAUGAGAAACAUCCAGAUUUCUUCAUACCAUUUAAAGAUCUUCGCGAUGCUUAUCAUCUUGAUGUAGAUGUGAGUGAACGGAGAAUUUAUUGGACAGAUCAGAAGCUUAAGUGCAUCUCACGAGCUUAUAUUAACGGCUCGGAUGUUCAACGAAUCAUCGACUCGGGAAUCAUUUCACCUGACGGCAUUGCAGUUGAUUGGAUCGCUCACAAUAUUUAUUGGACUGACGGUGAUGCUAAGCGAAUCGAAGUGGCGAGACUUGAUGGAUCAAGUAGAAGAAUUUUGAUUUGGAAAGGCAUUGAAGAACCGAAGAAUAUAAUUGUUGAGCCAAAGAAAGGUUUCAUUUAUUGGACUGAAACUCCUUCAGAUUCAAUUCGACGCGCUGCUUUAGAUGGCUCAGAUAUUCAGACAAUUGUUUCGACUGCAAAUUAUCCAAUGAGUCUGACAAUGGAUCUUGAACAGAGACGAAUCUAUUGGGCGACCAGAAACAAUGGCAUUGAAUCAGCUGAUUGGGAUGGAAAAAGAAGAGUGAAGUUGAAGCUCAUCGGGUCAGAUGCUGAAGUUUCUUUCAAACCGAGAUCGCUGACGCUUUAUUUGGACAACAUUUAUUGGAGUGAUGGAAGCAGCGGUGACAUUGAACGUGCUAAUAAAGUCACAGGUGGUGAAAGAACUUCAAUUUAUCGAAAUCUUCGCGAUGUUUCGAGUCUUCUUAUCUAUCAUAACAAUCGACAAUCUGGUUCCAAUCUUUGUCGUAUUAACAACGGUGGCUGUUCACAUUUAUGCUUUGCAUUACCAGGACAACGGAGAGUGACAUGUGCUUGUCCAACACACUACACUUUAGCAAAUGAUGGAGUCAAUUGUAAUCCACCAAGAAAUUAUCUUGUAUUUUCGCAAAGAAAUACUUUUGGACGAUUAUUACCCAACUCGACUGAUUCACCAGAUGCUCCACUUCCAGUUUCCGCUAAAAAUAUUAAAGCUGUUGAAUAUGAUCCAAUUCAACAUUAUUUAUAUUGGAUUGACGGACGAUCAACAGUAAGAAGAUCGUUAGACAAUGGAACAAAAACAACACUAAUCAUUGGAGGUUCUGGUUCACAUUCACAGCCAUUCGACUUAGCAAUUGAUAUUGUUGGUCGUUUACUUUUUUGGACAUGUUCACAUGCAAAUACAAUUAACAUAACGAGUCUUGAUCAUUACGAUCCAGUUGGAAUUGUCGAUACAGGAAAUUCAAAGAAACCUAGAAGCAUUGCUGUUCAUCCAAUAAGGCGAUUGCUUUUCUGGACUGAUGUUGGUAAUCAACAAGCAGUGAUAAGAGCGAAGAUGGACGGAAGUAACAGCAUGGUUCUUGUUGAUCAAUUAGAAGGUGUGACAAGCCUUUCUCUUGAUCCAAUUUCAAAUCUCGUAUUCUUUUCUCAUGGAAGAAAAAUUGAAUUUAUGGAUCUUAAUGGAAAAAAUCGAAAAACUUUAUCAAAUAGCAACAUUAAUCAAGUUCAUUCGAUUGCUGCUUUUCCAAAUGUUGUCUACUGGUUAGAUGAGAAAUUUGGACUUGAGAAGGCAACAAUAAGCGGUGAAAGUAUUCGAUUGGAAAAGAAAUAUUCUCACAUUACUGAUAUCGUCGCUGUGUGGUAUCCUGAAGCUAAAAUCAUAAAGAAUCAUCUGUGUAUGUCAUCAAAGAACAAAUGCUCACAUAUUUGUAUUGCUUCAAUGAAUAACAGCAAAGCAGACGAGAUGUGUUCAUGUCCGCAAGGCUUGAUGUUGCGGGAAGAUCGAAGAAAUUGUGGAGCGCCACCAGCUUGUGGACCAGAUCACUUCACAUGCACAUCACCUUUCAACAGCAAUGGAUUAUCAGUCGAUCACAAUCGUGAUUGCAUUCCUUCGGCUUGGAGAUGUGAUGGACAAAAUGAUUGUCCAGACAAAAGUGACGAACUUGACUGUUCAACUUGUAGCGUUGAUCAAUUUCGUUGCAACAACGGUGAUUGCAUUGAAAAGAAUUUCGUGUGUGAUGGAACUACAAACUGUCCCGAUGGUCUCGACGAAGUUCAAUGCUGUCGACCAGGCGACUUUCAAUGUGUCAGCAAUAAAGUUUGCAUCACUCAAGAAUUUCUUUGUGACGGUUGGGAUCAUUGUGCUGAUGGUUCUGAUGAGAACAAUGAAUAUUGCACGUCAAUUGCUACAAGGCCUACAAAUGCCGGUUCAGAUAAGAAAGUCUUCGUGGUGAUUCUCAUUGUGUUGGUGUUGAUAAUCUUCUUCAUUGUUUAUGUUCUUCAAAUAUGUCGAACGAAAUUUGCUGACACAAUUCGAGAGCCAAAAGAAGAUCAAGCGUCAGCGCCAUUGUCGCCUGGUGGAUUAAACAGCUUGCGAGUGAACAAAAUAACUUCAGUUGCUGAUGCUGUUCGAUUAACGACACUUAGUAGAAAUAGUAUGAAUAGUUACGAUAGAAAUAACAUCACUGGGGCGAGCAGUUCAACGACCACAAACGGGAGUAGCUUGAUUGGAUAUCCUUCAAAUCUACCGCCAUCACCAGCCACCACAUCAACAUUGCACAACAGUUAUCCAUACAAACAUUACAAAGUUAUCAACCAAGCACCACCGACUACACCUUGCUCCACAGAUGUCUGCGAGUCGGACUCAAACUACACACCCAUCAGUGUUAAAAGCUCAAAGAAAUCCGCUGACAGUUACAUGGGAAACAUUUAUAUGGGGAGCAUUAGCAAUGGAAGUAACAACAAUAACAAAUCGUUUUAAUCAUUGUGAUAUUCAAAAUCUACUUAUAUUCAGAUGUGGAUGUGUAAAGUAGAUAAUUAAUCAGCAAUCAAUCAAAAUCAUUUGUGAAUAACAUUUUCAAUUAAUCGUGUGCCAAUUAUUGUUUUUAAUAGAAUUUUACAAAGAGAAACAGAAAUCAGCGAGCUUAGAGAUGAUAUGAAAGUUUUGUACAUCAUAAACGAGAGAUUCUUAGUUAUCUACUUAUUAAAGUUUAAAUUUUGCCAAAAUGCCAAAUGAGUUAGACAAUUAGUGACUGUAGAUUAAACUAAAACAUUAAUUAAUUCAUUAUAUUGAUGUUAAGAAACAAAAUACUUUUAAGCAGUUAAAUUGUGCCUCAAAAAUUGUUUUAAAUUAAGACAAAACGGAAUCAAAAGUAAAAUGAAGAUUCAUUUCAGUUAUUUACAAAAGAAACAUACGAAAAUAUGUUGUGGACAAUCUUUGUUGUAAAUAUUUAGAGCUAAUAGUUUAUGAAAUAAAGACUGAAAUUAAUGGGAAA